CAAAAGCACAAAACACAAAACAAACCCUAAUAUUAAAGAAAAAACCCCAAACAAACGAAACCACGAUCAAAGGCGCUGCGAGGGGCUCCGUCUCACGCUGGGAGGCGCUGCCGAACGCCCCGGGAACGCGAAACGGCAGCUCCUGGCGAAGUCUGGCUCCUCUCGCUGCCCGUCCGAGCCGCUGUUUCCCGUUGCCGUGGUGACGCCCCCGCGGUAGCAGCGCCGUGCGGGGCUCUCGUCCUCCCCCUGGAGCUCCCACCGUCCGCUGUGGGCGGAUGCGGAAUUUCAGGGCGGAGGAGCGGCCGGUCUCCAGAGGCGGCCAGAAAGGCGGAGGCUCCCUGAGGAGCUUGACUGAAGGGCAGUUUUUAAAACAGAUAAGACGCUGUGGGUAGCAGAAUGUCGGAAGAUAUUGAAGGAAUUGAAAAAGAAGUAGAAAUUGAAUUAGGCAGAAUUAGUGUUUCUUCGUUUGGAACUGAUGAGACUGAGCCUGACACAGAGGUAUCAGAGGAGCCCUUGAGUGACGGUGAGACAAUUUCAGAUGACUUACCAGAAUCAGUUCUCGCCUAUUUAAACUUUAUCAAGAGCAGCAAUCAAGAUGCUGAAAAGCUUAUACUGCAGGACUUAGAAGAUGAGCAAAGUAGAAAUGACAUUUAUGAAGUAGUUUCUUGCCAUCCUUCUGAAUCAAAUGAAAAUUCCAAACAAUUUAAUGAAAAGAUACUGCUUGAAGAUGAAAAUGAAGACUUGCAGCUUGCUACAACACCUGAUUAUAGUCAGUCCAUCAUUGAUGAAGCAGUCACUGAUGACCACUUCCUUACAGCUGAUCUUGAAAUGAGCAUAAGUCUUGCCCAUCGUGAAGUAGGAGAACAGUGUAGACGAGCACUUGAGCUUGAAGAUGAGAAAAUGAAAAAGUGGAAAGCUGAGAGAGAAUCACGGGAAAAACAGAAUGAAGAGGAACAUGCAAGAAGGAUGCAGCAUCUGGAGCAAUUUGAGGCUGAAAGAAUAACUUUAGAUCUUCUUCAUAAGAAACGUCAGGCUGCAAUAGAAGAUGAGUUGCAGAAAGAGGAGGAAGCUUGGAGAGACAAAAUGAGGCAACAUGCGGAAUUGAUCAUGAAGCUACAGUUGCAAAUGGAGGAGGAGAAAAAGGCCUUGGAAGAACAGAAAACAAAAGAAAGACACCUGGCUGAACAACAGAAUAUAGCAGCUGUGAAAAUCCAAGCUAGAUUUAGAGCAUUUUUAGUCCGUAAAAAAUAUGCUCCCAUUUUAAAACAAUGGAAAUAUGAAAUGAGAAAGAAGCAGAAAAUACUAGAGGAAAUAGAACAAGAAAUGAAAGAAAGAGAGGAAAAACUGAACAGGAGAAUGGAAGAAAACAGGUUAAAGAGAGAAGAGGAAAGAAAGAGGCAAGAAGAACUUGAAAGAAAACAAUAUUUGAAGGAGGAGGAGGAGAAGGUGAGGAGCCGUGAGGAAUAUGAGAAAAAGAAAGAAAGCCUGAGAUUGGAAAGAGAAAAACAAGUGCAAAUAAGAAGAGAAGAACAAAGAAAAGUAGGACAAAAAAGAGCAGAAGCUGUGAUGAGUGAAAAUGUAGAAAAUAACAUAGAAAACAUAAAAAAGAAUAAUAAGACAGAAAGUAUGAAAGUAAUUAGAGAAGAGAAGGAGGAACUAAAUAAACAAGUAGAGAAACCAAAAGAAAAGCAUGCUGAAAUGAUGGAUGAAACAAAUAAUUGGAUGAUUCCAGCAGAAAGAAAUUUGACACCAAGCGUGCUAGGCUCUGAGAAGGAACACCCUUCUCAAGUGAAUAAUGAGAACCUAUACAUUAAUUCAGUAACACAAGUAGAAGAAAAUAACUCGCAAACAAGUUAUCUUAAUAAAGUUUCAAAUGGUCAUAUUUCAAAGGAUGAAUCUCUUUACUUCAGUGCUAAUGACAUGGCAGAAAAUAAGGCAAACUGCAUAUGCAGCAGCCCUCCAAAUGUCCAGUCAAAUGCUAAUAACAGAGAAAUUACAGAUCGAUUUUCUCAUGAAACUAUGAAGAAAACUUUAUUUCUGGUGGAAAAGGCUACUGAAGAAGUCAGAGACACCUGGGACAGUAGUCAAGAUGUAGCAGAUUCUUCUAAUAAAGUGAUUUUUCCUGAUGGUAUUGAAAAGAAGAGAAUAAAGUGGAUGAGCACAUGCAAAUCUUGGUCUAAAAUAUAUGAAGAAAACCAAAGAAAGCAAGCAACUAUAAGAAAAAUACUUAGGAAAAGUUCAGUUAGCAAGAUGCCUCCUCUAAGUAGAGAAAAGAUAAUUCAUAGUGGCCCUUGGAGUACCUUGCAACAGAUCACAACACUUACGCUCGAAGAUUUGCCAGCUUGUAGCCUCUCAACCUUAUCUGAGUGUUCAAACCUUCAAGUUUUGACUCUGAGGCGCUGUGGACUGGUUGCACUGGAAGGACUAAGUAGCUGCAAAGACCUGAAGUAUAUCAAUGUGGAGGAGAACAACAUUCAGGUAAUUGACUGUGCCAACCUGGAAAAUCUCUGUAUUCUCAUUCUGAAUAAGAACCAUCUUUCAUCAGUUUGUGGAUUAGAUGGAUGCAAAAAUCUCCAAAAUCUUGAACUUUCCUACAAUAGAAUCACUCGAAUUGGUGGUCUGGGGUCACUAAAAAAUCUUCAACAAUUAAUUGUGGACCAUAAUCAGUUAAUCAGCACAAAAGGUCUUUGUGAGGUACCUACUAUCAUUCACCUAGACUGCUCUUUCAAUUAUCUUGCACAAGUUGAAGGCAUUGAGAAUUGUGGCCUACUUCAAGUUCUGAAGUUGCAAGGCAAUAAUCUCCAGGAGCUUCCAAGACUGGAAAAUCAUGUUCUCUUAAGAGAACUAUAUUUGGAUGACAAUAGCAUUUCUUCUAUGAGAAUGCUUUCUUUGUAUUGGUUGCCUCUGUUGCAGAUUCUUUUGCUGUCUCAAAAUAGAUUAACUGACCUCGUGCCUUUAAAUUCAUUUGUAUUUUUGGAAAAGCUAGAUAUCAAAAAUAACUGCUUAUCAGAUCUCAAAGAUGUCCCUACAUGGUUUAGUGGCUGCCAUAAACUAAAGGAGUUGUCAUUGAGUGGGAAUCCUUUUCUCCAAGAAAAGAACUGGAGGUCUUCCAUAUUGGAGGUCCUUCCUAGUUUACAGUUGCUUGAUGGUGAAAUCUUAACCCAUCAUGCUUUACCCACAACUGAAAAAGUCAAAGCAUCAGAAUUGGGAAGUUUUCUGGAACUUUGUCAAGUUCAAAUUGAAGAAAAUAUUCAACUGAAAAAAAAGGCUGCUGAAUUGGAAGUUACUUCUUCUGUUGAUUCUGUACUGGGACAAUGCUGGUAUUUUAAUCAGUUGAUGAAACUUAGUAUUAAGCAUCGAUAUGUACAUGAGUAUGGUGAACUAAACAUUACUGACAGAGAUGGACCAGAAGCACUUCAAAAUCAUUUAAAGCAAACAUCCACUGGCUGCCUACAGGAAAAUAACCUCUUUAUCAUGGGUGUGACGGAAAAUAAACAGGUCUUGUUGGAUCCUUCCAAAAGAUGGAUUACUACUGGUGAUAGUCAGGCCACAUUCAUUAAGUCCUCCAUACCUGUGUAUCAGAAGAAAAAUAGAAGAGAUCAGAGAGUGAAGCAGAAGAGCACUGAAUCUUGUAUUAAUUACAGUGGGGAGAGCAAAGGCAACAAUAACAUGUCAGGCCAAUUCACAUUGCAACAGUCAGUGAUAGGAGCAAGUGAUAUGGGAAGAAAUCUCCAGCACUUUGGGAAUGAUACAGAGAGACUGCAUAUGGAAGCAUCCUCGAUCCAGUCCUUUUGGCAGCAGUACCAAGCUCAGAGGAAAAAUGACUGCAAUAAAACAGAGAGUCAUCAGUUUAUAGAAGCUUUGAGACAGAAACAUGAAGCUGCCACAGUAAUCCAGGCAUUUUGGAAGGGUUUUCUUUUGCGAAAGAAACUGGCCAGUGCUCUUGCAGAUGUUAAAAGUGAUGAAUUGGAAGAUGAAUAUGAAGAAAUUAAUGUGGAUGCUUUCACAUUUUCUGAAGCUGCAUUAGAGAAGGAAUGGCUAACUCUAGAUUCCACCCGUUUCCCUUCAAAAACACUCCUGCUCUCAAACCAGCUGCACUGGCCAAAGAAGUUUUCUAGGCCUUCAGAUUCCAGUGAACAUUCAAAUAGUUUGCCAUUAGCACCACAAGAAGUUUGGCAGUGUGCUAACAGACCACAUUCAUACUCAGCAGAAAAAACCCAUUUUUAUAGUAGGUCAGGGAAGGAAACAAUGUCGCAGCUUUCUAACUGGAAAGAAAAAAAGGAGUUUUUAUUUAUGUCUGAAAAAGAAGAGAAGAUAUCAGAAGAAUGGGGUUUUAAGGAUAUUUCUACUGCACAUCUAAUGCUGAAGAGGGCCCAUAAAUUGAAACCUAACAAAUACAGUAAUAAAUAUUUAGAACCAGCUGUGCGCCUGGCGUUGUUCAAAAACAAUGAAAAUAAACAUCUCUCUGUGAAACCACCAGGGAAGACACAGCCUAUAAAUGCUGGAUACUUUGAAGCCAGAAUGCAGAAGAAGAGUCUGUUCUGAGACCUGGAUGCCUUGAGGGUGAUGAUGCUAUUCAGAUAUUUCUCCAGUUUUAGUGCCCCUUGAUGCAUUCACUGAACCAGUAUAUGGAGAAGUUUACAGAUUGAAAUAAAGUUUCAAGAACUGUGGUACAAGUUUCUGUAUUUACUUACAUGCAUUUUCUGUAUUCUCAUUGCAGAUAUGUACCCAUUUUUAUAGCCUCUGUAUCAGUACCCAUAACUUUGUGCUUCUAAAAAAAUUAUCAUUUCAGAAAUGCAGAAAAAUCUUGCUGAACAAAAUAAUGCUUUGGGCUUACUUUUGUAGCUACAUUAAAUUUUUUCUGUAAAUAUUACCGUUUAAUACUUCCUUAUUUCUUUAAGUGCUUUGAAGAAUUCUGUUAACCUUUUCAAUCAGAUUAAUUUUUAUUACAGUUGUUUAUUUUGUAUAAAAACUAUAUUAGGAUCUUUCUUAUAAAACAAGUUCUAUAUAAGGCAGAGAGUGGGUAUUUUCUUCUUCCACUCAAACUUGAUAAUGAAAUUCUAUUCCUUCUUCUUCGUGACUGUGACUGUUUACACUGAAGUAAAAUCUCAGUUUGGCAGGUUGGGGUUUUUUGGGUUUUUUUGUUUUGGUUUUUUAUUGGUACACAAAUUCUCAUGUAAGAUAAUGUAAUUUUACAACUCAGUUUAGUCUCUAAGGUUUUAAAAGUCACACUAUAAUCAUCUGUUUCCUUCUUCUGGAGUAAAUAGUGUAAGAUUAACUACUGAAUUUCCUUAAUCAAGUGAGAGUUUGCCUACCUAAUUGAAAUUUAUGGGAUUUCACUCCUCUCUGGAUCAGACCUUAAUGCUCUGUAAAUUCCUGUGCUAUUGGCAAGAGAUUAGAUCAUCAGCUGCAAAGAAGCAAAGUUACAAGUGAACAACUGUUUUAACCUGUUGGUAGACAACUGGUAAAACAAAUUACACUUUUAAAUUAAUUAGUUAUGGCUGUCUUAAAAGCUAUUGCAAAUAUAAACAGAAUGCAUAUGAGUCAACUUCACCUAUUUGGAAUCAUCAUGAUAUUUAGGUUGUUCCCUCCUUUUCAAAUACAUUUUAUAUACAUGUAUAUAGAAAUACAUAUGUAAAGACAGUGAGUAGGAGAGUUUGGUAGCAAGUUUAGAUGAAGCUUUUCAUAAAAACAAACUAAUUUAAACACACCUACAAUAAGCACAAGCUGUUUAAAAUCAAGAUUAGGGACAGUUAAAUUAUGUUCACAAAUAGAACUGGGGGGUUUGCGUUCAUCUCACUAAAAAAGAAUUUGAAUAAAGUUCUAAACAAAAUUCUGUAAAAGAACAGGAGGAGUCAGAUCUAAUUUAUUCAUUUUUCAAAUGGUUUAUUCAGUAGGUAAAUCAUUCAAACCUUCUCUGCAUGGAUAGAGAAAACCUGUGCCAUUGUAACUAUAACUGAUCCAAAAUCAAUAUAAGUCAGUUCCAUACCUGGGGAUGUGUGUUGAUUUCUCUAUAAUUAUAUACAGUGUUUUGAUUCCUGUUUGUUUUCAUGUGUUUACCAGCUGAAAAUUGCAGUUUUGUAAUGAGGAAAUCUAUACAAAUACUAAGCUCUUUGAGACAUAUGUAUUGAGAAUUAACCUGGGGCAACUUAUAGGCAAAUUGUGGUUUUCUUUUGCUUUUUUUGCCUGACCUUCUUUAUAAAUGGAAGGAUUGGGGGUUUUUUCAUAGAUCUACAAGACACUGAAAUUUCAUAUUGUUUAUUGUCUUCCAUGAUGUAUCAACCAA